AUGGUUAACUAUUUUAUUUACGCGACGGACGAUUCAAUGUCUACGUAUGGAGAAGAGUAUUUUAAUAGAAAAGGGUUGGAGACACUUGAGAAGUUCAAGGAAGAAGUCAAGGCUUUACAAAGUGAUGCAGAGGGAAGUAACAAAGACGACAGUAUAGUCUACCUUCACUGGAGUCACCGAUGCGCCAAAAUGGAAGAAGAUCAGGUGGAGUUAAGAUACAGGGAGCAAGAUGGAGAAGGUAAAAAUACAUUACCACACACAGUGCUCGACUGGAUGGAUGAAAAUUUAACGGAGAAUGAUACAAUUCAGUUACUCUACGUAGUCACAGAUGGCGCUGUAAGUCCCUCAAACAUAAGACCCAUCGAUCCUAAUAUGAAGAUUGAUAAUGUUACUUUCUACGCGUUCAACUCGAAUAUCCACGACAUUGAUAUGUCUGUGGCGUCCAUGUUUAUUUGCAAUAAUAAGCGUUACCUUGUGCAUUGUAACGAAGAGCUGGUAGAUGAUACAGAUCUGUCAAAUCCUUUCGAUUAUGACCAAAUAACUGUCGAAACGUUUCAUGAGAAAAAGGAAGAAUUGAAGUCAUAUAUUAAAUUACAGUUCCUGAAUAAAUCGUCCUCAGAUCGUUUGGCGUUGGAGGAAAUUAAAAAGCUCAAAAGUUUACAAACACGUUUGUGCAACGAGUUACAAGACGAUAAAGACGAACCUGUCACUCCAGCAAAGAUAGACCUAAACGUGAAAGACAAGGAGACCUUUAUAAAUCUAUUUAAAAAUACCAAAUUUAACAAAACACUGACAGAACCCAAAAAAUACGACGAGAAACUAAGAAUUGCCAGUUGCAUCAACACUUUAGUGAACUAUAUAAAUAACGACCACAAGUCUUUCAAAUUUGAUAACUUGAAGUUUAACAAUAAAUUUAUAGAAACGGGGGAAGAGGAUGUCGCCGAUGUUUUCUAUAGCAACGUGGAAGAGAUUGCAUUCCCUGAUAUAAUUUUGGACAACGAGAGCGGAGUCCCUGUCAUUUUAUUAACGCACUACAAUUUAAUGGACAAGAUUUUGUUCAAGCAAGGCCGAAAGAUCCCAGAGCGCUUCGAGAAAUACAGUACGUCAUGUCCUUCCGAGAAGGCACGCGCCCGCGUGACACGACUUGUUGAAGCAGCGCGACUAACCAAAAUGUCACAUUUCUCUCGGUUGAGGAAAACUGUGGAUUGCCCAUUGAUUCUAUUAAAUGAUCCCGACUUCAAAGAUUCCAUUGAAUACUAUUACAAUUUGGAAUCAUUCAAGGGUCUGAUCCAACAUGGAGUACAGACAGGGCCGCGCACACGACGUCCGUUCACAGGCGCCAUUGUGCCGCUUGAAGAGUUCGACGAUUACAAUGACUACAUAUUAUCUUGCACAUAUUUCGCGAGUAGACGAGUGCCUUACAACAAAGGAUUACUAUAUUAUGUGGUAUACAAAACUUGUGAAAAGCUGAAAUAUAUCGAACCGAAUGUUGUUGAAUAUCUGAAGGGAUAUGUUAUAAAACGUAUAGCUAAAACUAAAUGUUUCUUGGGUCUGAGUAAAAUGUCAAUAGACGAUCCGUUGAUACGAGUGGAUCUGACCACGGCCCUGUGGUAUUGUGCCGAGUUGUCCUCGAUAUUAUUCAAAAACGAUCCAAAACAUUUUAGAAAAGAAAAAAUUCGUAUGUACAGUCAUUAUUCAGAAUAUAUGAAGGAGAUCCUUGAAUGGUUCCAAUAUGAUGUAGAUACGAAAUCGGUUGACCUAAGAGCGGAUAUUUUUAGAAAUGUAAACAGACUGAAGCGUAUAGGUCGACGUGAAGAUAAAAUAAGGCAUAUUUUAGAGCAAAUAUUUAAGAAAGAAGACAGGAUUAUAGUAUCCGAGAUGGUGAACCCAGACAACAUCUACAAGCUGAAAUAUUUACAGCUGGACCAUAACAAAGUGAUCGAUGAGAGUCUGUUGUCUGCUGAAGUUGAUAUAAACAAGUUUGCACAUUUCAUGGAUUACGUUGAGACGACAUUCGUGCCGGUGUGCAAACAGACUAUGAGACCACACUUUGUUACAGAAGACAACAAAUCUUACUACGAACAAGUAGUGACAAAAUCAAGAAGAGUUGUAAUACAAGAUGGAAAACUUACAUGGGAACCUGUGGAGCAAUUGGAUUUCACACGAAUUCUAUCCACGAAUAAGUUAUUUAUAUCGAACAUUAAACAAUUCUCAAAAUACCCCACAAUUGGGCAAUUUAAAUGUUACGUAUUGAAAAAGAAGAAAUAUUUCAGGGGGAAACCAGUUGUUUUCGCAACAAAUACGAUGGAGACUAUAGAAAAAACCCAUGCGGCGUACAAAAAGACCCGCACUAGUAUAAAUAAAUUUAAUAAAAUAUCAAACUCUUCAGUGAAUAAGGCAGUCCGUAUAGAGAAAGAGAAUCCGUUUGACUUAACUGAAGAAGAAAUACCGGAUUUUAUUAAAAAGGCUGAGAGUUAUAUUGUGAAGAAAGAGUUGUCAGAGGCAGCGCCUUCUGAUCAGCAAUCGGCUGACGUACCUCACACUGGUCUUCCGCAAGCACAGAAACCUAAAAAGAGGAAAUCAAAAACGAAAAACACGCAGAAGCCAAACAAAUAA